CCUGAACGCUUACAUAUAUCACCAAUUCAUCCAGAAGACGAGAUUGCGGGAUAUUUUGCUGCUGGAUGCGUUUAGAUUGAGUGGACCAAACCUUGCAUUGACUGGAGAUAUUCGAUCUCCCCCCUACAAUGGCCGGCCAACAGCGCAAAGAUGCGACAAUAUCAUCAAAGCAGCGAUCUAAAAUGUCCGGAAGGGUCUUAAACAAAAUGAACAAGAAAACCAACACCUUGGCCACCCAGCCCUGCAAUCAACAUGCGUCUGUUUUCUUCCGUCUCCCUCGCGAAAUCCGCGACAUCAUCUAUCGAGAAAUCUUCGUCUUCCCCGUAACCGUCCACCUCGCCUACGUGGGGAGGACCAGGAACCGCAAAUUCCGUAGCUUUCUCUGCGCCCUAUCCGAAGAUGAGCAGCCCGAGAAGCGCCCGCAGCUGCUCUGUCCACGGUGUCGAGUCAACCACCACCGCUGCUCACCACGGAAGGGGACGUCUGAUGAUGUGGAGGGGCGCCCUUCGUCCGAGGCCAAAACCCAGGCUAGGGUCCUGGCGUUACUGCGGAGCUGUAGAAGGGUGUACGACGAGACGGUCGACAUGCUCUACCGCGAAAACACAUUCUACAUUGAGAAUCCGCGCACCCUGCUGGAACUCCCGUCGUCUUUAUCCCCGGCGCGACUCAGUUCGUUCCGGCAUCUGUAUCUGGAGUCGGCCCGGUAUGGUGAGAAUACCCCGGCUGACCGCUUGGAUAAAUGGGCAGCGGUUGUUGGUGUGCUACAACGACUUGAUGGACUCGAAACGCUGGUUGUUGUUCUACGGCCGAUGUUUGGGUUGGAAUGGGAGGUGGAGGGGCUGAUGAAGCCACUCGAGGCGGCUGGGCUGCCGGUUUUAAGGCUAGUAACAGAUCAGAUGGUGUACAUGGCUCUUGAUAGUUCGGCGCCUCGUUGUAAUCUUCAUGCGUUGUAGCCAGAGGGUUUUGCAUUAGGGUUAUCAGGCGGUGAUCAUGCAGGCCCUGGGAAUACAUAGGUGUUUUUGAUCAGUCAGAGUAUACGUCUAGCUCAUAUGGACUCUCGCAUACCUGUCUGAGAUAAUUAGGUACUUAUAUGUCUAGGAGCAU